CUCUCUCUCUCUUGCACAUGCAUACAAAUAAAGAAAAAAAAAGUUUACACAACGAUCCUCCCCACGGCAUGCAAGGCAUGUGAAAAUGGGAGCUAAAUUAGGGCUAAGUUUAAUGCUCAUGUUUGUUACCGUCGCGACCGGAUUUAGCCCUACGCCGCCUCCGGUGACCGAACAAACACUUCAGAAGAUCGCUGGAUCACUCCAAAUGUAUGUUGAUCUGCUACCGCAAAUGCCGAAGAUCUACGGGUACUCGAUGGAAGGCGGUUCGCCGAAACCGGUUAAGCUCACCAUAGGCAUGUAUGAGAAAAAAUGGCAAUUUCACCGCGACUUUCCGGCGACGACAGUCUUCGUGUUCGGAGUCGGUGCCGACACGGCGACCUUUCCGGGCCCGACAAUCGAGGCCCUGCAGGGCGUCCCCCUCCGCGUGACGUGGCAGAAUUACCUUCCGGCAAGGCACAUCCUCCCGUGGGACCCCACGAUCACCGUCGCAGUCCCGCCGCACGGCGGCGUCCCCACCGUCGUCCACCUUCACGGAGGCGUCCAUCCUCCGCAGUCCGACGGCAAUCCCUCCGCCUGGUUCACAGCCGAUUUCCGUGACACCGGCCCUAAAUGGACCCAAUACACCUAUACCUAUCCCAACGUACAGAAUCCCGGCAAUCUCUGGUACCAUGACCAUGCACUCGGCCUUACUCGCGCCAACCUCCUCGCCGGCCUUCUCGGCGCUUACGUCCUGCGGAGCCCUUCCGUCGAGGCCUCCUUCGGCCUCCCCGCCGGCGACGAAUUCGACCGUCACCUCAUCAUCGCGGACCGCAGCUUCUACGCCGACGGCUCACUCUACAUGAACGCAACCGGCGACAACCCGUCCAUCCACCCCGAGUGGCAGCCCGAGUACUUCGGCGAGGCCGUUACCGUCAACGGCAAAGCCUGGCCCUUCCUCACCGUUCGUUGCCGUCGCUACCGCUUUCGCAUCAUCAACUCCAGCAACGCCCGCUACUUCAACCUCUCCCUCUCCAACCACCUUCCGUUCUGCGUCGUCGGCUCCGACACGGCCUACCUGAACAAACCUGUGAUGACAUCCACUGUUCUCCUUGCGCCCGCGGAGAUUUUCGAUGUCGUAAUCGACUUUACGAAAUCCACUACGUCCGAGGCCGAGCUGAUAAAUUCAGCACCGUAUCCGUUCCCGAACGGGACCGCGACAAACCGAUUAAACGGUAAGGUGAUGAAAUUUGUGAUAGGGAGAGAAAGCGCGCCGGACAAUUCGAGGAUUCCGAAGAGGCUGGUGAGGUAUCCGAGGGCCGACGAGCGGGAGGCGACCGUCAAGCGUUAUAUCACGUUCUACGAGUACGACAGCGCGACCGAGAAACCGACACAUUUGUAUAUCAACGGGAAACCAUUGUUGGACCCGGCGACGGAGACGCCGCGACCUGGGAACACAGAAGUGUGGGAAGUGAUCAACUUGACGCAGGACAACCACCCCCUGCACCUUCAUCUGGCGAACUUCCAGGCGGCGAGGGUGCAGCAGUUGGCGAACGCGACCGCGUUCUUGAAUUGCAUGACGGUGCACGGCGAUGCCGUCAAGUGCAACAUCACGGGGCAAGCCAUCGGGCGACUGUUGGCGGUGCCGGAACACGAGAAGACAUGGAAGAACGUGGUGAAGAUCGAGCCUGGGUACAUGACGACGGUGGUGGUCAAGUUCAAGCUCGUCGACACCAACGCGACGUACCCAUUCGAUGCGACGGCAGAGCCCGGAUACGUCUACCAUUGCCAUAUCCUGGACCAUGAAGACAAUGAGAUGAUCAGGCCCCUGAAGCUGAUUAAUUGAUCAGAGACCAUUGAAAAGAAACUACAUACACACUUUAUACUAAGUUUGAUGUCCUAUAUUUAUAUCCCUCUAAUUAAUGAUUUUUUAUAGUAACUAUACUAAGUGUGAGAAAAUUAACAAAAAGUGUUUGCUUUAUGUUAAUUAUUCAAGGUUUGUUUGCUCGAAAGAAAAUGUAGUACUUUGUUUAUAUA